AUGCUGACCGAGAUCGCGGUGCGUGUGGCCAAGGCCGACGACGCAUCGAUUGGCGACGACAGCGACAACGACGAGACCAAGCCGACGGGCCCACGCGUGAAGCGGGUGCAGGUCACGCUGCUCUCGCCGCCUGCGCGCCUGACGCACAUUUCCUUUCAAAACUACUACACCGCGAGCCUCCGCGUCGACCAAGUGCUCUUCAGUGGCAAGACAACUUGCGUUGUCGCCAACCUCUCCUUGAUGGCCAAGGCCCACUAUGAGGACGACGCGCAGAAUUGGCAUGUACUCAAGCUCGACCAGCUACCAGGGCUCGACGCGGCGCGCGCAACAGGCUUUGUGUUGUACCUCACGCAGCCGUCGCCGCUCUGGGACAAGGUGUGUCAAAUGGCUCGAAUCACCUCGGACGUUGACCGUAGUGGGAGCUCCGGCAGCUGCGGUUUUCGAGACCACCGAGGCGCCGUCCAUCGUACCACGCGCGCUGCAAGAAAGGCAGCAGAGCUAACGGACGGUCAGCUCUUCCGCAAGUACACAAUCAACACAUCCGGGACGGUCUCGGCCGACGCCAAGCACAUCCGAAACCAUGCGGCGACGUUUCUCGACCUCCUCAGCCUCGUGCACCGCAAGUUGCAUGUGUAG